ACUCACAGGCUCUUCUGCUUUAUUCACCCCUAAUAUGCAAGGAAGAGUCUCUAAAGUGAAUCUUUAUCAGAAGGACAAAGAUCUGGAAGAAAUUUGAUUUUUGUACUACGUUCAAGAUGACAAGUGAAGCAGUUCAGAUAGCCCCAAUGCAGACACCUGAAAAAGAUUCCAUGUGUCCAGGCAACGAUACUGGAGACUGCUGCCAGAAAAAAAGGAAAUACCAAAAUAAAGCAGAUGUUGUGUCCUGUACUGUUAUCUCAAGGUUUUGCAAGUCAUUCUGUUAUGUGCUUCUUGGCAGCAGGAAUGUAAACUAAUUCUUUCAGCACUGAACUAGAACCUUGACUAGGUUGCAGUUAAAGUUACAGAAAAUAUCUAAAUUUUUGUUACAAGUCCACUGUUGCUUCAACUCUUGAAUCACCUUUUCAAGGGUAAAAGUUGGUGUCGUCUUCCAGCACUGACUUAUUAAAAAUGACUGGCCUGUUGAGUGAAUCCUUCUGAGGAAGAGACAUUUUACAGUACACUUUUAUGACCUAAGCCCAAAAGAUUGAUGUUGGACCAUUCUCAUUGUAUGAAAAGAUAUGUUAUUGCCUUUGGGACUGUUGGCUAUCAAGAUUCAAUAUUGCAUAAACAUGGGUGCAUUUUUGGAUAAACCAAAAACUGAAAAACAUAAUGCUCAUGGUGCAGGGAAUGGCUUGCGUUAUGGCCUCAGCAGUAUGCAGGGAUGGAGAGUGGAAAUGGAAGAUGCUCACACAGCUGUUGUAGGUAUUCCCCAUGGCUUAGAGGACUGGUCCUUUUUUGCUGUCUAUGAUGGUCACGCAGGAUCUCGUGUUGCAAAUUAUUGCUCCACGCACUUAUUAGAACACAUCACUAACAAUGAAGACUUUAGGGCGACAGAAAAACCUGGAUCUGCUCUUGAACCUUCAGUGGAAAAUGUCAAGAGUGGAAUCAGAACUGGCUUUUUGAAAAUUGAUGAGUAUAUGCGCAAUUUCUCAGACCUCAGAAAUGGGAUGGACAGAAGUGGCUCAACAGCAGUGGGAGUUAUGAUUUCACCUGAGCAUGUAUACUUUAUCAAUUGUGGUGAUUCACGUGCUGUUCUCUAUAGGAAUGGACAAGUCUGUUUUUCAACACAGGAUCACAAACCUUGCAACCCAAGGGAGAAAGAGCGAAUCCAGAAUGCAGGAGGCAGUGUAAUGAUUCAGCGUGUUAAUGGUUCAUUGGCAGUUUCUCGAGCUCUGGGGGACUAUGACUACAAAUGUGUUGAUGGUAAAGGCCCUACAGAGCAACUUGUUUCUCCAGAGCCUGAGGUUUGUGAAAUUCUAAGGGCAGAAGAAGAUGAGUUUAUCAUCUUGGCUUGUGAUGGAAUCUGGGAUGUAAUGAGCAAUGAAGAGCUCUGUGAAUUUGUUAAGUCUAGACUUGAAGUAUCGGAUGACCUGGAAAAGGUGUGCAAUUGGGUAGUGGACACUUGUUUACAUAAGGGGAGUCGUGAUAACAUGAGUAUCGUACUUGUUUGUUUUUCAAAUGCUCCUAAGGUCUCAGAUGAGGCAGUGAAAAAAGAUGCUGAGUUAGAUAAGUACUUGGAAUCACGAGUUGAAGAAAUUAUGGAAAAAUCGGGUGAAGAAGGAAUGCCUGAUCUUGCUCAUGUUAUUCGUAUUUUAACUGCGGAGAAUAUCCCUAAUUUACCACCAGGAGGUGGUUUAGCUGGCAAGCGUAAUAUUAUUGAAGCUGUGUAUAGUAGGCUGAAUCCACACAGAGAGAAUGAGGGGGGUGCUGGAGAUCUAGAAGAUCCGUGGUAGCCUUACAAAUCUACUAAAAUGCUUUUGAUUCUGAAAGGGGGAAAAAAAACUUUUAAAUCUGUUUUCUUCAAUACAAGGGAAAAAUUCUGGUGGAUUUCCAACAUUUUGUGAAAUGGGCAGAAAGAUAUUAGAAUUUUCCAUCAUUUGUUCAUUUUUGUGUUUUCUGAUAUUGCCACUCUUAGCAUUGCCUGUACUACAGUAUUCUUACCAGCCUCAGGCAUACUGAGUACAUCCAUAAUGAACUUUGGCCCUAAAAAGGAAGGAAGGAAUGAUUCUCUCAGCAGAUCGAUAUAUGUACCUGAGGUGCAUGGGAUUGUAGGUGUACUCUGAAGAUAUGCUAUGGCUAAAUGAAAUGUGCAACACACAAGCAUGAGAGAGUACAAGUAAUUGUUUGAGACAUUACUUAUUUCACUUUACUGAGUUGGAAGGCUUUGCAGCUCUGUGGCUUGGAAGUAAUUUCAAUUGGGCAAUACGCUAUCAGAUGUGUAUUUUAUUUUUUUUUAAAUUUUCCAGUUUUACCUGUAUUACCAGACCGUUAGGUUUCCUGCGGUGUCCAAAUUGUGAUACGUUGCCUACUGCUUGCUUGAAGAUAAGUGUAUUUGGCAAUAAUAUAUGAAGAUUCUAGGCAUCUAAAAACAGUAAGAAUUUUACGCAUGUGUACAACACACCCUUAAACUCUUGCUAGAGAAGGUCUUUUAAAACCAAACUGAUGAAUUUAUAGUUAGUAGUGACUUGCUUUGACAUCUCACAGCUGCAGGUUUUUUUAAAAAAUGCUGAAAAUUUGCCUUUAUUAUAAUGUAAAUUGUGAUUAUUUUUUUGUUCUAUAUGUGGUUUUCUAUAGUUUUUUGAUUUUUUUUUCAGCUUAAGAUACAGACAGAAGUCUUGUGUAAUAUGGGUAUAAUUUUAAUUGUUUGCAUUAUUUUCAAAGUUCAAAUUAUCACUUUGAGAUUACUAUAAAUACACUUAAAAUUAUCUAUUUUAAAUUAAGGAAAUAUUAGAGAUAUUUUCAUGGGUUCAAUGACCUUUCAUUUUAUAAGUAAUGGGCAUGGUACAGAGUGGCUGUCAUGUAAGGUACUUGAAGAUUCUUAGUUUAAUUCUAUUUUUGCAAUAACCUUGACUUUUUUUCUGACUUUGAGUUGUGCAUGUAAUGAGUCCAGUAAAUGCUGAAAAUGGGGAAGAGUAAAGUAUUUAUCUAAAAUAAAAGCUAUUUGGGAGGGGAAACAAUGAAUGUAUCCAUCUGUACAUGAUUUACAUGCUGUGGAUGCCUUGUAAACAUUUUCCUAUUUGUUUAAACUGUGUUUCAGCGAGGAUGUAAUUGCCCUUGUGUGUAGUUUUAAGCUAAUGACAGUCAUCAACUGGUUUUGUGUGAAAUGGAAUUCAUGGUAUUUUUCUGUAACUUUAUCCCCAUGGUGAGUCUGUAACAACCACAUGCUCUUUCAUACUGGUGCGGAAGGCCAGCUUUCCCAAUCAUUUUGAUUCACUGUGUACCUGAUUUUUUUUGGUCUAGAGAGGAUUAUUGCCACAGUAUAUUUUAUUUAUUCAUUAGAUUUUAGCCUUGUAAGUUAAAGUGUUCUAAAUGAUGAUGUUAACAGGUAUUUGUCCCUUUACUGGUUUUUUUGGGGGGUUGUUAAAAGAUAGGGAAUGAAGAAUGCAAAAUGGUUUAUUGUUCAGACUGUCCGCUCUGGUCCAACCCUGUACUGAUAGUACCUUCCCAGUAUGAUAUUGUGAUGUUUCAUACAAUACAGUGAACAUAACCAACUUGUUAUCUUCAAUAAAGGAUUGCUAAAACAGUGUAA